UGUGCAUUUUGCAAUGCUGUCAACUUUUCGCGGUGUAAACAUUUAUAAACAUAAACAAUUGUUGUGGAAUUUAUGUAAUUAACCGUUUCAUUUAAUCUCUAUGAUGUGAGAUAGGAAAAUAUGCUUCCAGUCAGAAAAUUUGUUAAUUGAGAGCAAAAUUUUUAUGAAUUCAAGGUACUUACAUAUUAUAUAUAAUUUUAUAUCUUAGAUAACGGUUAAAGUUAUGUGCAUUGAAGAUUAUAAAUUAAACAUGAAUAUACCUCGGUACAUAAUGAAAGGCGGACAUUAUGAAGUGAAGAUAGAGAAUAUAUAUGAUCCAUCAAAAUUUUGGGUCAUAUUAAAAUUUAAGGAACUUGCAAUUUUUAUGAAGUAUUUGAGGUGUUUUUAUGAUAAUGUUGAAAACAGAAAAAUUGUUCCUAAAAGCGAUUUAAAGAAGAACUUUAUUUAUAUUGUCCGCAGAAGAGAUAUGUAUUACAGAUCUACUGUUAUGCCACUUUUGCUACCUGACAGAAACCAAGUUAAGGUUUUCAUGAUUGAUUUUGGAUUUAUUGUCAAUAUAUGUACAGAAGAUAUAUUUUAUAUUUCUGAAAAACAUCAAGUUGUACCUAGAUUUGCCAUUAGAGCCAGCUUGGCAUACAUUUCUCCAACUGAUCACUCCAAAAUCUGGAGCCAGCUAGAUUUAAAGAUUUUCUGUAAAAUAUUACAGAAUAAAAGAAUUUUUGCUGAAGUGUGUGAAAUCGACACUGAACAGAACAUAUUGUUUUGUGAAAUUUAUAUAAACCCUGAAGUUACUAAUAAAUCAAUCGGUGAUAUAUUAGUGAAUUUAAAAAUGGCCAAGUACAACGAAAGGUAUACGAGCCACAAUACUGAACUAACAAAAUAUAAAAGCAAGGUCAAAUAUCCACAUCUCUUUCCAUCUUUUGAGAAACUAGAAAAUGGUUCAGUUCCAUCGUCCCUGUGGGAAAGGAAUUUAUUAAAAGAUUCUGUCUUAUUUGAUGUACUUUAUAAGGAUUAUUAUCAGUAUCAAGAUAUUAAUUGCGUUGAUAAAUAAUGUCGGUUUCAUGUUUGUUUCCAUAUUGUUCAAUAUAUUUUCAAAUUUAUUUAAAUAUAUCUUUCAGCUGUUCUUUUCUAUAAAUUUAGUUUUUGUAUUUAUUUGGCAAUGUGAAGACUGCAUAACCAGUGCCACUUGUGUUUUAUGUGAAAGUAGUGAAAAUAUAUAUUCCAAUUAUUUAAGACUGAGGCAUAUGUAAUCUUAAUCUAUAUUACUAAAUAGAUUUAUAAUUUAAAUUUUUUCU